UGUCCUGUGCCAGCCCCUCUCCUGUUUCGCUGUCAUCGAGCGCUGGCAGCCGUGCCCGUGAUGCUAGCCUCCCCUGUCCUCCAUUGGCGUCGAGCCCGAGCUCUCCCGUGUGUGCUAGAACCCUCCCCGUGGCUAUGUAAGCGCCCCCGAGUCCCCUCGCAGCUCUUCACCCCUCCCCCGCCUCUCUAGUCCACCGGAACGGCCUCACCUCGCCUCUGUUCGCCGCGUCCACCAUUGCCGCCUCGGCCUCGGCUCAAAUUCGAGCCAGCCGAGCCCCUCCUCCACCUCUAGCCACCAACAUCUUCUUCCCCACUCUCCGGAGCUCCUCUUCCACCCCUCACCCCUCGCUGGAGUAGUCAUGGACAUCAUCCCGCGUACGGCCACCGCUCGCCUUGUUCCUCUGUUGCCCGGAACCACCUCAUCCCUGCUCCUCCCCGACGUCCGUUUCCCCUCUGAAAGGACGCGACACGCCUCGCUGAUCCCGCUGGUGCCAUUCCCUCGCCUGGAGGUGGCCGGAGCCGCGAGCCCCAUCGCCGGUGCCCCUCCUAUGUACGCCAUCGCCGCCCUCGUCCCGUCCUCCCCCGACGCGCGUGGACCCCUGGUCAAGUGCGACAGCAUCUCCCGCACUCGCCGGUGGCUGGAUCUCGGCCGGAGACAACCGGAGCUAGCCAGGCCGCCCCCCCUCCCUGCUCCUCUGCUCUGGACGUCGGGAGAAAGAAGACGGGCGCGCGAGGAGGAAGAAAGGACCAGCCGGCCCCACCUGGACUUGUUUGUAGAAGAUUUUUCACAGAUUGGCCCCUAUACUUCCACACCUCGUAUCUUCGCGAUCGUAGCUCCGAUUGAGCCCCCUCCGGGAGAGAACUAUUUCUAGCGAAUCUUUCUGCGAUCCUUCCGCACUUCUCCCCGAGGGUUCCUUCAUCCCCAGGCAAGCCACGACAGUCACUUGCAUGAUGGAUUUGCAGUAGCCAUGGUUUCCACUUGAAUAUUUAAUAAAUGUUUGCUCCUUUAACUA